AGUGCCAGCAAAGGUGGUUAAACUUCAUCUCGACGAGUGUUCAGUUAGAAUAUACCCAGCUGCUUGUGCAAGCGGCAGAGUGAUCUCUACAUACUUCCACAGUCGUGGCCUUCGCUGAGCACCAACGAUACAUCAACCGUCCUGAGGACGACGACGAAGACGCUUAUCAGUCGGCCAACAUGGCGAUUACCAACCGUCACGCGUCUCCCUUCGAUGCCUCUGCCUCACCUCAACCGCAACCGGCCUCCAGCGCGAAUAUGACCAAACGUGACGUUCGCCGCAAUCGCAUAAUGGAGCGGCUACAAGCGAUGAUCGACUCCUUCAGCGCCAACCAACACCAGCAUUACCGCGCCCAGCUGCAAGCGGUGCAAGUUGAUAUGACGCUCGUGCUCCGAGCGGAGCCGUACGAGAACGGGCCGCUGGAGGAUGGCGGAGAAGAAAUACGUGGGAUGGUGGAAGCGAUGAUGGCGAGCAACACAAUCGGCGACGAAGCGGCGCAGAGAGAUUAUUUGGCUAUGGCGGGCACGCGGUAUGCGGAGUUUGCGCGAGAGGUGAACGAUGAGCUCGCGGCAAGGGAUGCCGAGCUGGUAGCGUUAAACAAUAAUUACCACAACGCUGUCGCCGAGCUGGAGCGGCUCACACAGCAGAAGCUGCACCAAGCGGAUGAGGAGCACAAAGCUCUGUCUUCCACCAUCCGUCAACGGCUAAUUACUUCGAUUACCAAGAAACGGCAGCAUCUUCUGCGUGACAAAGAGCAGCUCGACAUCGCAGAUUCCAAUGCCCUGCUCCUCCAUCCCAACCACUUCAGCAUCAACAACCCCAGCUCACCUGGUGGAGGUCAAAACAGGAAGACGAGGCACCUCCGACAUCGUGCAGGAAGUCCUAAUGCUGGCGACUUGGCUGAGAAUGGCAAGCGCAAGCGAAAGGUAAUGGCUAUGGAUGAUGACGGCAACGAGAGCCCAGCGCCAGCGUUCAGGCCUCUGCCUCCGCCGGACGCCCUCGGUGGUGGCCGAAGUCCAUUCAAGGAUGCGCGCAGGGAGAACGCAUACACUCAGUUCGAAGCACCAGCUUACAGCCUCGAGCGCAUAUUCACUGACAAGGAGCUGGCAAUGGCUACUGCAACAGCGCAGCAAGCUACAUACAAGCACUUCCACGGGCCGAAGCCGCAAGAGACCAGCACCACAAACGGUACUGCCGUUCCAUCCUAUGACGGAGAAACCUUGCCAGAUCCGACUGCGACCGUUGAUGGCCAAGACGCUGGCAUCCAUCCAACGACAGAGCUAACAGGCACCCCGCCGCCCUCUCACGCACCUCCAGCGGCGCCCGAAAUGGAACGUCAAACCUCCCACCAAGUCCUCACACGUGGUGCGCGGGCCGCAAACCCUCUGGCCGCCCUUUCCGACCUCGCCAAUGUCGCUGCAGCCGCUGGCUCGGCACCCAUUCGAGACAAUCCUUUCGCGCCGGUGCUUCCGACCUACAACGCCGUAGCCCGCAGUGAGAAAUCCGGCGCGCCAGCUCCACCCGCCGUAGGCCAGCUGGACCUUGAUAACGACUUCGAAAUGAUGCGGCAAGCCGGCGCUGACGCCGCGACGGAGGAUGAGGAGUACGCUACACCCGAAGAAGUCAACGCUGCACGGGAGAUGCGGCGCAAUUUGCUCGAUCAGGCGUUGGGCUGGAAGUUCGCCUCCCAACCGUACCGCUUGCCUCUGACUGAGACCGGGCCGGCGAAUGUGCCGAGACCGGUUGAAAGGCCGCUGUAUGCAGGUUUCAGUCACAUCGCGAGCCUGGAGGUGCAGCAACAGAGAGCAAGGCAGGCGAAUGCUGCCGCUGCUGUGGCGGCUGCGGCGGGUAUGGGGAGUGGUGGGAGUUUAGCGAUGGCGCUACAGGGGAAGUUUGGCCUGGGAGCAGAGCCCAUGAGUCGAACUACUAGUGCGGGAGGGAUGAGCGAAAGCGGAGAGGUGGCGACUGGGCUUAGUCGGAGAGGAAGAGGAAAAGUGGCAGGCUGACAGCUUGGCUCAUCUUACCUACUCAGGCCCUCUAGGCCCCCGCCCAUUUCUGCAUUGUGCACACUUGCUUGGAGCAGUCGUUUUCGCGCGCUCGACUUGGAGCUACGCUUCUGCUUCAACAUGCCAGCUCCGUCUAACUUUAGGUGCCAAUGCGUACUACUAACAGAAGCCGCCAGCCCGCGUCGAAGUGAAAGUUCUCUUUGCGGGAAGGUUUCCCAUCAAUCCGAUUCUGGGUUGUAGGCAUCGUCGGCCGCAUUCAUUGCCUGCAG